GUUUGAGAUACCUUUUUCGUCGAAUCGAACAGCCGCAGAUCUGGAAUUUGCAUUGUUUGUUCUCACGCAUGUUUGAUGUGUAAGCUGUCGCCAUAUUGUUUGCAUCACUAUUGCCUUCCGAGUGAAAAACUUCGGGGUUAGAACGUGUGUGUCGGCAGUUCGUUUUGGUCUCUCGAUGUCCGUGUGGAUCCGUGUCGAGUUUGACUAGAUUUACACAAUCUCUUCGUUUAUUGUUCGUUUCACUUGAACCACGAGUGACACGUUUUUGCCUUGCAUUCAUUGUUCGUACGUUCCGGAGUUGGUCCUGAUAAACGACAUUCGAUCACGAAGAUUUUCGGAAUAUGGCUGCUGCUGCUGCUGCUGCUCUCCUCGACGAGCUCAUGGGAAGGAACCGAAACGUACUUCCCAAUGAAAAACCGAAGGAACUCAAUUGGGAAGAUCCGGAGUUCUGUAAAUUGUAUUUAGUGAAAUUUUGUCCUCAUGACCUAUUCGUUAAUACGAGAGCAGACUUGGGUGCAUGUUCUCGUGUACACGAUGAUGAAGCCAGAGAGCUGUUUGAGAAAGCACCUUACUCGUAUCGGAAACAACAAUAUGAAGAUGAAUUCAUUAGAUUUUGUCAAAGUAUGUUGAACGAAGUUGAGAGGAAGAUCAUAAAGGGAAAACAACGUUUGGCUCUUAUUGGAAGAACAGAAGCUCCUACUCUAACACCAGCGCAGACUCAAAGAAAUGAAGAACAAAUCGCUCUGUUAACAGAGAAGAUUAAUAAAUUAGUAGAGGAGGCAGAACAAAGUGGUAUACAAGGCAAUGUAGAACAAGCACAGGGCCUAAUGAGAUUAUGUGACCAGUUAAAAGAAGAACGGGAAACACUUCGUAAAUCCAAUGAUAACAGUCAUUAUAAUCAAACUGCUGAAUUAGCUGCUGCACAAGAAAAACAGAUGGAGGUAUGUGAUGUAUGUGGUGCAUUUCUCAUUGUUGGUGAUGCUCAACAACGAAUCGACGAUCACCUCAUGGGUAAACAACAUGUUGGAUAUGCCAGGUUGAAAAGUGCCCUUCAAGAAAUAAUGAGUAAACGUGAAAAAGCACGAGAUGAAAAAGAACAAAGAAGAGAAGAAGAUAGGAAACAGAGAGCACGGGCUAAUGAAGAUCUCGACAGGCGAAGAAGGGACGGGGACAGAGACAGAGACCGAGAUAGAGAAAGAGAUAAACGUCGUAGACGUGAUGAUGAUAAAGGCAGACACGACUCAAGCAGUCACAGAAAUUCUGGACAUAGAAGUAGAAGCAGAUCAAGAGAUAAGCACGAUAGACAUCGAGAUGAUGAUAAUCACCGACGUCAUCGAGAUAAAGGAAGUCGUGAUCAUCGAAGUUCGAGUCAUCACGCUCGUCGUCGCCAUCGAUCUAGAAGUCGAAGUCACAAGUAACUACUCUUGAUUGGUUAGUGAGUGAGAAGUAAGCCAGGUAUGCACUAAACAAUAUACCAUAUUCGUCUCAAUUACUGUACAGGUUCUUUACCAGGUGAGUUUCAUUAGAUGCACAUAAUUUAUACAUGAUAAUUAUCUGUAAUUUUGAAGAAUGGCAUAGUCACAGCGAGCCAGUCUCUGGUCCUGCCUAAUAAUCGGAGAAACACUCUUACUAAAUUUCAUAUGGACCUGAUUGUACAGCGUUUAAUUUUCAAAGUGACGUGCUUGCUCUAUGUAACAUAGUACUGAAAAAAGGUGCAUCGAGGUAAUGUCGAGCGAGGAGUAGUAAAAGUCGUUCCCAUACGAAAGGUAUUUUUAUCAUGUAGUAUUAUAGAUAUUGUCUACAGAGCAAGAUAGGAGAAGGUAUACCUAUGCUUGCUUUGAUCGGUUUAAUGUCUUCAUAGGGUAAAUCAAUUAUAUAAUUUCAACGACAGCAUAGCUUUUUUAUCGAAAAGAAAUUAGUGGUUUAGUGGAGGAAAACAGUGCCUACUUCCGUAGACCUGCCACAACAGUGCCCUGUGUGACUGUGACUAUACAAUCCUAGCUUCUACUACGCAUUUCUGAGGUAUUUAUAUCGGAAUGAUAAUACCAAACAUGUCCUUUUAUUAGGAAAAUUAGACAUUUUGAAAACGGUGAUCUUUAUUUUGGAGCGAUACUCGAGUGCUUUAAAAGUUACGAUAACAAACUCCUGCUCUUACUUUCCUUAUUCCCUAAUUGUGAUUUAUUGGAGCAUAUUCAGUUUAAAGCUGAGCUAAUCUACCUAUCAACUAGCGAGGGAAGUUAUGUAGGUUCAAUGGAGAGUAAUUUUAAUAAUUCAACUUUAGAACAAAGAAUCCGCACGUAUAGUCCAGAGAUAUAAAACCGACUCAUUUAACAGCCGUCCCGGCUAUGAUUGAUGAAGCGAAUGAAUUAAUUGGGCUUGUAAGUUGGCAUAUAGUCGCAAAUCAUAUGAAUCAAUUUUCUUCAGAGAAGUUCGUGAAAUAUUUUAUCACAUGUAUCAUGCUGAAUACUCUUCUUCCCUUUGCAUGCCUUUUCUCUUCGCUAUUUUUAGUUCUGAUAGACUCAGGACGUAGGCGAAGCUCAGUCAAAUUUUCUAAUUAGAGAGUCGUGAUCUCUUAGCGUCAUCGUACAUCAAUUCGAAGGUUGAUGACAGGUCACAUGGAAUCAUGUAUUAUAUAUGUAUAUGUAUGGUGCUCCGAGGAGAUCCCCUUGAAUCGUAUCUUGUCUCAUUCUUUUUUGCCGUGUCCUCAUUUCGGCUUGAUAGAAGACUCAUACUUUAUACGCGCACUACAUUUGUGUGAUUCGUGUUUGUUCAUAAUAAAUGGUACACACAUACAAUAAUCUGCUUCUCGAAGCAACUAGACAUAAAGAUCAGAUUACAAAAAUAAUAGCUUACAACAGAAGAUCAUCUUAUAUUGUCACAUUGAGAUGAAUGAAAUUCUAUUCUUUGGAAAGAAUGAACUCCAAGAAUAUAUGCUAACUUAGUUUAAAUAUUAAUAUUUUUUAUAUUGAUUUUUACAUUCGCGAUUGAUAUCAAUUCUUUUAUUAACAACUGUAUUGUUAAGCAUAAACAUUUAAGUUUUAUAUGCAUAUUGUUUUUGUUUUCAAUGUUACAACCGAAGAUGAUCAUUUUUAAUUUAUUAUCUGCUUUCCCACACAUGUAGCCGACAGAAGUAUGAUAUACUUUUUUUUUUAAUUAUUUCGUGUAUUAAGGCAAGGUUAACAAAUAAUAUACAGAUACACGUUAUCUAGGUGUUUGGUAACAAUCGAAAUUAAUAUGAGAUGAAACCAGUAACGGAAAUAUAAUCUCUAAUAAAUGUGUUGUCUAUUUUCAGACAAAAGGGGACAUACCAUGGGGAUGUAACCAAUGCAACAGGCUCACUUGCACACUGCUUAAUGUAAUAUUAAGGUAAAGAUUUUGCAUAAUCUAAAAAUUCAAAUGAGAUCGUAAUUUUUAUACAACUGCGCCUGAAUUAAUUUUCACCAUGUCGCGGUGCUUUGAAAUUAAUUACGGAGAAAUAAAAUAUCAUGAAGUUCGAUUUUGAAUUAGCAUUGUCAACGUUAUGUCACAAAUAUCAGAAAUAUGUUUAAAUCAGUUUUACUAGCAGUUUAUUCAUAUUUGAUGCAAAUGUUACUUUUAAACUAUCUGUAUAUAUAUACAUACCUAUAUUAAAACAAAGACAACAAGGUAAAUUGUUUAUAAUUUGCAUUGUAAUACUCGUAAGAUUGUUAAUUGAAAUUAAUAAAACAGUACUACUAUAAAAAAAAGACGUACAAAUACUUCUAAAAUGAUCAGAACCCAAUGAUUAUGAAUAGAUCAAUGAAAAUGUAUAACAUUGUGUAAUAUUGAAGGAACUGUAUAAUUUAUUAAAUAAGUAUAUACAUCAAUAAUACAUUAUCGAGCGAUAGGAUAUACUCUAUCCAAAUACUGUACAUAGUAGUAAUAUUUGCUAUAUUACAUUGUUUGCUAUUAUCAAAUCUUUGUACAAACUAAAAAUACUGUACAUCAAGUGUAAAUAGUUGGUUGAGCGACUUUCGAUUUGCUGUAUAUCAAUUGUUUACUUACACCCAGCUUUCAUGUCCACAGACACCAAACAAUUUAUAGCAUACCAUUCAGUGGAAACAAUUUUAUUUAAGUCCCAUACUUUUUGUAACCUAAAGAUAAUAUAUUAAAUAAUUAGUGUGACCUGUUUUUAGAAUUGUCUUAAUAAUAAAAAGCAGAAAAGAUUUGUCAAAA